UUCUGCUCUGUUCUUCGAGGACUGCUUCCUGGACGGAUGUAUUCCGAUCUUCCAGGCUACGUAAUAGCAGCUCUCUGCGACAAUGAUGUUUCAUCGUGGCGUGGUGUGAUCAGAACACUGGAUGAAGUCAAGUUGAACUCUCGUUUUUUACUUGAUUUGCAAUGAAUCGAUCGUUACGAAUACGGAAUCUCAGACAGUACACUCCUGGAGUCUCCUAUGGCCGCUAUGGCCAAAUACAGGUCUCAUUCCAACCAUCUCAUGAAGCGCGUGUCGAGGGCUUGUCUGCACUGCAGACAGAGGAAGUCAAAGUGUGAUCUCGACAGUUCAGGCAGUCCCGGAGCUCCUCCGUGUCAACGUUGUAUACGAGAAAACCGCGAAUGUGUCCUCGGUGGUUCCAACAGGGGUGGUCGCCGUAUUCGCAAGAACAAAAUAAACAAUAUCACUCCAAAUAUAAGUGCGUCUCUUCAGAAUCCGGAGGACCUAAUCUCCACACCAUCCAACUUGAGCCGACACCCCCGUUCAUCGCAAGCCACAUAUACUCGCCCCAUUGUCUUCUUGCCUCCCGAUCUUCCGUCAGCUACAUCAGAAACAGUGGAGGAAUAUGAUGCUGUUUCUAUCGGCUCGGUUCCGCGAAAUCCAUCCGAUGCCUGGCAGUGUCUAACGGGCCUCGCGAAGAGAGACGCUGACCGUGCUGGAUCGGAAGGACUUCCAGAUCAAAUGCGCUCGAUGUCCGGUGGCAUUUCACCAUUGAACGCGCUCCAUAAUGGCACUGUGGACGAUAUUCACAACAAUAGUGGUAUCAAUGCGUAUAGGUUGGUACAAAAACGUUGGCUCGAUUCGGAAACCGUGUGGCAGUUGGUGGGACAUUACCGCGAUAAUUUCCAUCCCUAUCUUCCUUUGGUCCCACGAAAAUACUUCGAUCGCAAUGCUUUGGAUUCGUUCGCUACCAAUGAGCAACACCUGCUCACCGCCGUGCUGACGAUUGCUUCCAAGGAUCUGGUUGACCGGCCGGAGAUCCACGGACACUGCUCCACAUACAUGCAUGAGCUGAUAUCUGGAAUUGCUGCCGGUGCCGACUGCGACGUUGAGGCUGUCGAGGCUCUCCUGCUGCUUGCUGAGUGGGAACCCCAAGGGUUACGCCCGCGCAUCGAGCGCGUUGGGCGAGGCGAGGAAGACAGAGCGGCUUGGAUGCACGUCGGGCUUGCGUUACGGUCUGGGUAUUUCCUUGGGUUAGAUAGGACGUCGUUUCGCGGCGAUUCCUCUGGAGAUGCGGAGACGGAUGCUCGCAAACGACUAGCCUGGACCAGCUGCUACGUCUCCGACAGACUAAUAUCCGUACGCAUUGGGCGCGCCUUCUGGUCGCGAGGACCAGGUCCAAUGACGGGUCUUGUCAGCCAGGAUUUUCCAUCUCUGCAGCCUGUCAAUGACGGUGACGAAGACUAUGCGAAGAUCUUCCAAGCCACGUUAGACCUUACCCAACUGUAUGGUAAUGUCCACGAUGUGCUAUACUCAGGGAUGCGCACAAGCAAUCAGAUGAUGCUUAUGGGGGAUUAUGUCAAAUAUGUUGAUGAUUUCCGGGCUGCCUUGUUACGUUGGAAGUCAAACUGGGGCUCGCUAGCAUGUUCCCCCCAUAUGCGAAUGACGCUACAGAUGUCCUAUGAGUAUCUUCGCCUAUAUACCAACGCAUUCGCGUUCCAGGCUACCAUCUCUCAAUCACUAGUGUCAAAGCCCAAAACCAGUGUUCAGUCGCAGAGGGAGCAUUUGCGUCAGGUAUUCAACAACGUCGCAUCCAUGCAAGAUGCUCGCUUCAUCUAUGAGUCUGUAGAUGCUGCAAAGGUAUAUCUGAAUACACUCGUCGGCUCUGUUGACCCUGAAAAGCACUUGCGUUUCAUGCCCCUCCGGUUCUAUCUAUAUGGCAUUUAUGCUGCCGUGUUUCUCUACAAGGCUCGUUCGUUCGGCGUCAUGCUUCAUUCCGAAGAAAUACAAGUCCAAGAUCUCAUAACUAGAACAACGCAAGUCCUCAGACGCGCCAGCGCAGGCCCAGACGACAUUGGAUCCCGCUACUCCCGUCUCCUAGAACUCCUCUGGAAACCUAAAUCCCUCCCGGCUACAUCUUCAUCUUCAUCUUCCACCUUGCGACCUCAGCAGGCCACGACUUGUACCACGACCGACCUCCAAAUACAGAAGAAUCCUUCUUCUCCAAAUCCCAUCCCCGACCAUGACCCUACUAAUAGCUACGUUCAUUUUAGUCCGGCGAAUGAUUUCUCCUGGCUGGAUCUCGAGGCAGUCAGUGACUUUGUCUCGGGGGAUCAGAUUCCCGGAGCAGGUGGUAUGCUGGAGCCUGAUAUCUUUAGGAAUCUGGAGUUGUAUAAUUCAAAUCAAACUGGGCAGGAUGGUUCGCAGUCUUGGCUGACGCCGACGUGGUUUGGGGAUACGACUAGUAACCUUUUGUUCUAG